CCUGCCGCACAACAGUCCAGCGCUCUAACCAAUUGAGCUAACCGGGAGGCGGUUAACCGGAGAUUUGGGCCUGGAAAGAGUCGAAAAAUGGAAGAAAAUCUCGACCCACCCCUUCUCCAAUGUACCCAGCAUGCUAUGCUAUGAGUUUAUCCCAAGAUGGCGGAGGUUGAAAACUUACUUCUGUCACUGAUCGAGAAAGAAAUCCCCGAAGGACGACAAGCAUUGAAAGAUGGGCACGCAAAUCUGGCCAGGGUGGCAGACUACUGCGAAAAGAAAUACCUGGAGACAAAUAAUCAGUAUAAAUCGGGUGGAGACAGGGCGAAAGCGCUCGAGGAAUCAAGGGCUGUUCUUGACGAGACGAAACAAUUCGCCACUCAAUCCCUAGCCAGUGUGGCUUAUCAGAUAAAUUCAUUAGCUUUGAACAUGCUGGGCUUGCUAGAUCAACAAGUUUUGAAGUUACAGGAAAUGGAAUCAAGGAUAAAUCAUAUAUCGGAGACUGUUGACAUUCAUAAAGAAAAAGUGGCUCGAAGGGAGAUAGGUGUGUUAGCGUCAAGUAAAACAACUGGUCGCACCCACAGAAUUAUAGCCCCAGCUGAACAAGAGAAACCUAUCAGAUACAGCAGAAGAACAACUGAUUAUUCCUUGCUAGAUCAAUUAGGGCAUGGAGUCAAGACGGUUGAUCGUCAAGAUAUCCGACGCCGUCCAAGCAGCAGGAAAGUGAAGCCACAACAGCCAGCAACCACAAACAAGAAUAGCUUGCGCCAACCAGCUGCAGGGACGACAAGAAGAGCACCACUUACUAAGCCUCCACCCCCUCCUGUUCCUCCGCCAAUGCCACCUUCUAUUCCAUCCCCAGAACUAGGGCCACCCCCUCCUCCUUAUGUGCCCAUUCCACCUGUUACUCCAUCACUGCCAGAUGAGGGUGCCAUGGUCCCCCCACCCCCUCCACCCCCAGGAAUGCCUUCAGUUCCAUCACCCACUGGCAUACCACCUCCACCAGCACUACCUGGUUCUGUGUCCGCUACUUCCUAUCCUGGUAUGGGAGGACAAAUACCUGCCCCACCCCCUCCUCCAACUUUAGGUUCACAUGGUGGUGCAAUGAACCUUCCCCCACCAGACUUAAUUCCCCCCUCUGAAGUUGAUGGAGGUAGCACUUAUGAAUCUAUGGUUGAUGCAAUGGGUCUGCCCCCACCCCCACCCUCUGAGGAUGACUAUUAUCAGUCCCCAUCAUCCCUUCCCAUGCCUGCACCACCAGAUGAUUUGUACCAAAUACCACCCCCACCAGUGGAGGGACAGUCUGGUGUUCCUGAUAACUAUAUCGAGAAAGUGGUGUCUGUGUACAGCUAUGCUCAGCAGAGAGAUGAUGAGCUCUCAUUUGAUGAAGGAGUGAUCAUUUAUGUUGUCAAGAAAAAUGAUGAUGGUUGGUUUGAGGGUGUCACGGAAAGUGGUGUGACUGGGCUCUUUCCAGGAAACUAUGUAGAACCUUAUCUUUGAUUCAAUUAUUAUAUGUAACUAGAAGUUUGACCCUGAAAGAGAAUUUCAAAAUAGGUAUAGCUGAUUACACACACUGCUGUGGGAGAAGGUUGAGUUAACCCUCCUUGUUGAAAUGGGUGAUUUUCCACUGGCUGAGUGGAACGAAAUAAGUGGAAAAUGUUUUUCUCACACACCGCUGGGGCCUGGGGAUGGGUUAAGGUCAUGUGAUGUGUAAGGCGGUCAGUUGUUUUUUGUUGACCGCCAUUGCUUGACCUUCCCACCCACCCACGAGUUUUUUCAGUUGUUCAUUACACUUCUAAACGAUUUUAGAUUUUGUCUCGAUUCUUAACUAGUUCAUGUUUUGAAACUCCAUGUAUACUUGUAAAAUUUGAUAGCUGUUAUUGUGUGAAUAAAGGUCAGGCUUGCGGUGGUUGGCUUGACAUGGCUCCCAGGGGUGUGUGAGAAUUUUUCUUUAUUCUCACCACUUUUCUGCUUGAUAUUGCUAAACGUAAUAAAGAAGGAAGUCACCAAUGCUGCGAUUUAUGCUUACUAAAAAACAAUUGGGUUUUUGUCAUGAAAACAAACAUCAUUCUAAAAAAUAUGUUUUUGAUAGGGAAUAUAUUUAAAAUUAAACAGCUAAUAGUUGGUAGAUUAUUACACAAUCUACCAGCAUUUUUUGUAGAAAAUCCAGUUUAUGUUACAGACCAGGAAGGUUUAUGGAACAGCCUUCAGGGAUAAAAUUUUUUUAUGGAUCUCUCUUGAUGCAUGUUACAAUUGUUAAUUAAAGAAGGAAAAAAUUGAAACUUUAGUAUCAAAAGUUGUUCACUGGUUGGGGAAGGGAUGUUAGGAAAGAACAUGCUUAAAGAACAUUUGAGAAGUGGGUAUUUUACUCAACUGAUGACUUGACUGUAUAAUAGAAUAUUCAUUGAACUAUAUAUUUAAUUGGCUAUAUAUACCACAAUUCAAGGUUGUCUUUUUCUGGUGCUUUCUAGAAUUUUACCUUUGCAGAUGGUCCAUAUUGAUUUGUGAGUUUAUCCUCUUCAAUUGAUCAUCAAAUUAAAUGUUCCAUAAGCUUUAAGAAUCUUUUUUUAGCGGAAUGAAGAAAACAAAGGAUUUGCUAGAUACAUGAUUAAUGUAGAAAAUCUUGAAGCCUUUUUUGGCUUAGAUUAUACUGGGAGUGGCCUGUGAUGUUUUUUUUUUUUUUUUUUAAAUAUUGUUAUUGAAAGGGAAGUUUUUUGUCUCCUAAGCCACCAAACAGUUACACAAUAAAGAUGAUAAUUAUUCUGACUAA